UCAAAAUAUAUUUUUUAGGAUACUGUGCAAUUAUGGAGCUGACCUAGAAGCAAGAGAUGGAGAGGGACAUACAGCACUAUGGUCGGCAGUACGAGAACAAAAAUAUGACAUGGUGAACUACCUCAUUAAUAAGGGGGCUAAGGUCUACUACGAGAAUAAUGAUGUAUCCUGUCCUCUUCAGUUGGCCUGCAAAAUUCCGUUACUUAAGGAGAGUGGAAAGGAAAUUGCUAGUCUUCUAGUUACCCAUGGAGCUAACUUAGAAUAUAGAGAUAGGGCGCUAAGAAAUACCUUGUUCUGGGUAGUGUACAACAACAGUAGAGAUCUAGCGUAUCACAUUAUUCAGUCUGGUGCUAGAAUUCAACCUUGGAGCUGGGUAGAGAAGGAGUACCUUCCUCAACAGAUCAGACAAGACAGAUUAUUAACAGAUCUGAUUGACUCCUCGUCCUCUCAACCCCAGAAACUUGUCCUCAUCACAAUCUGUAGGAUUCGAUAUAUUCUCUCCAGGAGUGUUGGUGGAAAGUCCAUUUUGAAAAGAAUCGAAGAGCUUCCUGUGGGUUUAGAAAUAAAGAAAAUAUUGAGACUGGAGUCUGCUACCAGUAGAAGAAAGGAAGAUAUAAAGAAGCUUCACAGACUCUGCUCAGAAACACAAGUUUAAACUAACCUAGGAGCAUUUAAAAAAAUCAAGAAAUACGACUCAGGUCUUAGCUGUCGUUGGGUCUUAUUUACGGCCUGAGCUGUCGGAAUUAAGUUGAAUCUAUUUUUCCACAGAGUUGAGUUCAUAAAACUGGUUUAAUAAUGUAUUUGGCGAAUUUUCAUUGUUGGAAUUGGCGCAUUUCCGGUUUUUUGAUGAGAACAAAACUCAACAUUUUAAAUCGCGGGCUAAGAGGUUAUAUCCCCCCCCUCCGUAUAAAAAUUCAAUAUCCAAUUUUACAAAAGGAAGGAAAAAUUCAUUCUUAUAAUCUCUAAGUAAAAAAUAAAUUAAAAGAUUUUUCGAAUGAAAAUAGAAAUAAUUAUAAGAUAAAAAUAAUGCUUUGGCUUAAGACUCAAAUUCAACUUCCGAGAGUUAUUAUAUAUUAUAAUAUUAAUAACAAUAAUAAUAAUAA